AUGCGUAACUCACAAUCUAUUCUAAACAUUGUCAAGGCGCAGUCAAUUGCGCCCCGGCAGUUCUCAACGAUGCCUGCAUUCCGAAAGGUUGAGCGCGGAAACGGCGAGGAAGACGCAAAGUCACAUGCCACCGGUACAUCCAAAGUGCCAGAGAGUGUGCAAGAAGCUGUUCCUAAAGGUGUCGAGGAGGCACUGCCUGACUCUAUUCAUCCUACUAGCUCCGAUCCUAGACAGUCCACCCGCAAGUCGCACGCCAAGGGCGGUGGCAAGGAGUCUGUUGUGCCUCAGAAGAUCCAAGAGAUACUCCCUGAGUCAGUUGAAAGGGCUGUGCCCAAUACCAUUCACGAUACUGGUGAUGCACCUGUUACGGGCAAUAAGAAGUAG